AUGGACGCAACUCGGCUAGAGGUUGCCCUCGGCCAUAAGCAGGAACUAGUUCGAAAUUUUGACCUAUUUAGUCUGACCAGCCUAGGAAUCAUAAUUGCAAAUGCCUGGGCUUCAAUAGGCGGAACCAUCGUUACAGCUUUGCAAAAUGGGGGUCCUAUGGCAGUCUUGUACGGUCUCAUCCUUGUCAGCGUCUUUUAUACCUUUAUAUCGGCCUCUCUUUCGGAACUGGCAUCCUCUAUGCCGUCGGCGGGAGGAGUCUAUCAUUGGUCAUCAGUUCUGAGCGGACAGUAUGGGCCAAUUGCAGGCUUCUUUACUGGUUAUCUGAACGCAUGUGCUUGGCUUCUAUCGGCCUGCUCCAUUAGUUCCAUGAUGGGGAACGAACUUGUGGCCAUGUAUAUGCUGCGGAAUCCCGGAACGGAAUGGCAUCCCUGGCAGGUCUUUAUCGCCUUUCAAUUGCUUAAUUGGACUUGCUGUGGAAUUGCCUGUCUAGGGAAUCGCUUCAUUCCCAUGAUCAACCGGAUUGCAUGUGUUAUCUCAACGUGUGGACUGACUGCCACUAUCGUCAUCCUUGUAGUGAUGCCUCAAAAACAUGCCACCAGUGCCGAGGUAUGGACAAAAUAUCACAAUAACACUGGCGGUUGGUCUGACAGCAUCUGCUUCGUGACUGGGUUACUUAAUGCUGCUUUCGCUGUCGGGGUUCCAGACUGCAUAAGUCAUCUAUCCGAAGAAGUGCUCAGGCCCGAAGUUCGAGUCCCUCAGGGAAUCAUGCUGCAGAUGCUCACAGCUUUCUCUAGCGCAUUUGUGUACCUCAUAGCUUUGUUCUAUUCCAUCCAGGACCUCGACGCUGUCUUUCAUACCGAGAUCGCUCUUUUUCCAACCGCGGAGAUCUAUAAACAAGCCACUGGGUCCAACACAGGGGCAGUCGGUCUAACUGCAGUUCUCUUUGUGUCUACAUUCCCUACCCUAAUUGGAACCUUCGUCACCGGCGGGCGCAUGUGGUGGAGUCUUGCUCGAGACAAUGCAGUUCCCUUUUCUGCCUACUUCAGCCAAAUCCAUCCACGCCUGAAAGUCCCUCUCCGGAUGACCCUCGCCAUGAGCGUCAUAGUGACCUGCCUAAGCUGCGCUUACAUUGCGAGCACCAUGGCCUUCCAAGCCUUGAUUUCAUCGUAUAUUGUGCUAAGCUCUCUGUCUUACCUGGGUGCUAUCCUUCCUCACGUGUUAACAGCUCGCAAGCGGAUUGUGCCUGGGCCUUUCUAUCUAGGCAAGUGCCUGGGCACAGUUGUCAACAUCAUAGCCGUGACGUACGUCCUGGUCACUGUAGUCUUCUUCUGCUUCCCGCUUGUUCUCCCUGCCACGGUGCAGAAUAUGAACUAUACAAGUGUAAUCACCGUGGGUUUAAUGGCCCUGACGACAGUUUGGUGGCUCUCUCGAGCAAGGCAUGAUUACAAAGGCCCGCAAUAUUACUUUGAAGCUGCUGAACGGCUUGCAGCAGUGAGGAAUGGGAGGGUUUUACGCUAA